AUGGGGGAAUGGUUUGAAGUAGGUGUCUCCCGCGGAAGCCCUCCACGGGUUGAAGUGGGUGACACCAUCGAAAUACGCGUCUAUGAUGACGCUGGAAACCCUCAGGGGACAGUCCUGGUGGGGGUCCUCGAAGAGGUGGGCCUUCAUCGAAAAGGUCCGGUGGUGGCCGGGAUGUUUUUGGGUGCUUCUGACGUCUACUACCACUGGUGGAUGAAUGAAGGCCCGAAUGCACCUGCGAAAGACCGGGGGUUUUACCACCUGUGCGCAGAGCAGACUGCUGCCUGCCCGGGUGUGCGCAAGUACCCGGACAUGAUCCACACCGACCGGUACCGGAACUUGGGUACCGCCAUGGCCAAGAGCAAGAAAGUGACCUGGCUGAAGGACAAGAUCCUGAUGAGCGCCUACGAGUUCUGCUACAAGAAGUUCAAAGGCGUAGUGGGCGGCGUUGGUGACGCUCCUGAGGCCGCAAAGAAGCCACGGGCAGAUGCAGGUCUGACUUGGCCUGAUGAGGAUGACCCUGCCAAGAAGGUAGGUGAACAGAGCAGUGAGGAGUCAGAUGACGAGAAGAGCGAAUCAGAUGACCCGGGCGUCAAGGCAAAGAUCAUGCAGCUUCGAAAGGAGCUCAAGAAAGCUGAGCAGGAUGCGGCGGAGGGGCGCCAAAGAAAGAAAGACGCCAUGAAUAAGAGGCGUGGCAAAGGUGAAGGGGUUACCCGUGCUAAGAGCGCGGUGAAAGACAAGAAGAAAAAGAAGAAGUCCCGUGAGGACAAGGAGAAGUCCAAGAACAAAAAGAAGGACAAGCAACGGGAAGGUAGAAAGGAGAAGCGCAGGAGGAGUCCAAGUGCUGGCGCCUCCGAUGAGGGUUCUGACGAAAAGAACAAGAAGAAGAAGAAGAAGAAGAAGAAGAGAGCUGAAUCUGACCCGGAUGAAUCCGGUGACUCUAGUUCAAGGUCCGAUGAGGAGUUGUUCGGGGCCAAGAAGGGCUCUGAAUCCAAAAGGAAAACAGGCGAUGAGGAUCGUGGUCCAUUUGGGGGAGGUGAACCUGUUAAGUUUGCCGAGGCAGAGGAUGAGACUUCCGGCUCAGAGUCGGAUUUUCACAAGGGCCCCACUGCGUCCGUGAAAAGCAGCCAGCAGCGACUUCUGGCUUACACCAACCGUUGUCCAGGGCGACUGGCGUGCAGGCUUUUGCUCAAGAUGCAAGCCGCAACAGCCAGGGACACAGUGGGGCCGGCCAGUUCAAAAAGCAGUCGCACCCCCCCAGUUGCAAUGCAUCACAUACUCACGGUUCUUCUUCCGAACCUGGGAGCGAAAGCGGGACUCCGAUCCGCGCGGGAGUUAAAGACGCUUGGAAGCAUCAUGGACCAGUUAGCGGCGGGGUCCCCUUCCAAAGCUGCGGACAUCGUCUGCCAGAGGAUCAAGGCCGUGGAGAGGGCCUCACACGAAGGCCAUUGGGGGUCGGCGCAGUUUCUGAAGUUGCUGCCCCCAGAAAACAGCAUGCUUCUCGGUCGCGACGAAGAGAUGUUCGUCACGAAAGAGUACUUGCUGGACCAGAAGCUGAAGAGCUACGAUCGCCCGCCAGGAAGAGGCGAAGGAGGAGGAAAAGGCAAAGCCAAGGGAGCCAAGGGCAAGACAAAGGAGAAGGGAGACAGGGGCCAAGUGAAGGAGGAGGAAACUGGAGAUUUACCCCCGGAGCCGGGGAGUCCGAAGCAUGACCUGCUGGCGUGGGGCAAGCCUCUGAGAGAUUUUUUGGAGGCCGAGCGAACGCCGGCGGAAUUGAUGAAUUGUUUGAGGGAUCUUUUGCCUGAGCUUGACUCUCCCCUGGCCGGGUUUGUUCUGGGCCAGAGGGAGAUGGAGCUUGAGUUGCCCACAGAGGAGACUCCGUUGGCCGUGGAGCCACCUCAGCUGCUGCCAGUGAGAGCACGGCUGGUUACGGAGUUUUUCAAAGGUAAAGAAGAGAGGUUGGUAACUUGGGUCAUGGCCGUGGUGGAGGUGUUGAAUUACCAUUCAGGCAUGGGACGAAACCGCCUGGGGCCACCGGUUCUGACUGCAGCGCAGGAGCUCAUGCUUACCCGCAUUUUUAGUGCGGUGCAGAGGUUUGAUGAGAAGGGUGGCCAGGUUGACGUGUUUUCCAAGUGCCGCCAGAGCAUUGGUGCUGUGAGGGCCGCAUGGCCGGAAAAGCCCCCUCCCAGCCGCGUUAGAGCAACUGACGCGCAGUGGGAGCUGAUUGUCAAGGCUGGUGUGGAGAGGGGUAUGAUGUGCCGUGUCGACGAAAAUGAAGUGUUCAGAGACCAGAACGGUGUCCCUGUGUUGAACGGCGCUGGCGGGGUCAAGAAGGUGAAGACCAUCGGGGGCGAGGAGAAGACUCUCCAAAGGUUCAUAAGCAUCUUGGUGCCAUCCAACACGUAUCAGGCACACAUGGUGGCUGAUGAUGCACACUUGCCAUACUUGGGUCAAAUGGCGAUGAUGGAGAUCGACAUUGAUGAAGAAGUCCUCAUUGACUCAGAGGACCUGGUGUCUUGUUUCAACUUGUUUCGUUUACCCCCAAAGUGGGCGGGAAUGUGUACCUUCUCGAAGAAGGUGAGGUCAUCAGUGUUUGGAGGGCCACCUGACGAAAUGUCGUACGUGGGACUACAAGUGGUGCCCAUGGGGUGGAUCAACUCCGUUGCCCUGAUGCAGACUGUGGUAAGACGGCUAGUGUUUGGCCUGAGCCGGGUCCCUGAGGCAUCGGAGGUUUCAAAGUUGAAGUGGUUUCCCGAGGACGACUCCGUCUCGGUUGUAUACCUUGAUAGCUACGACGAGGUGCGCAGAGUCAAGGCAGUGACCCGGGAGGUGUUGGAAGGAGUGGCAUCUGAACGCCACAAAAAUUUUGUGCGCACGUGUGAGGAGCUUCACCUGCCACUCAACCAGGGUAAGAAACUGGUGGGGGCAGUGAGAGGAACGUUGCAAGGAGGUGACAUUGAUGGGACCACAGGGACAUUUGAGGCGUCCCAUGAUAAGAAAGUGAACCUUAUGGGGCUGGCUGCCGCGCUCAUGGGAUAUGGCAAAGCCACGGAGUUUGAAUUCAGGCAUUUUGUGGGGAAGGCCAUUUUUGCCAUGGCCUUCAGAAGGCCGACUAUGUCUAUGCUUGAGGAAGUCUUUGUGGACAUUGGGAGAGCACGGGCAGGUCCGGUUUGUCUUUCUCGACGAACAGUUGAUGAGAUUUUCACAGUGGUUGCCCUCUUGCCUCUCAUGUACAUGAACUUGCGGGCCAGCUUUGACAGGCAGGUCACGAUCACUGAUGCGUCCCCAACCGGUGGUGGAGGUGCCGUUGCCACGGAGUUCAAAGAUGAACCUGACCAGAUCAGGCACCUGGGCAGUCAGUGUGCGCAGUGUGAGCGGGAGCUGGAAGAAGGCCGUACUUACCCCUGCCCUGCAGAGUGCGGAGUGAAGCUGUGUGGCCUGCACUGCAUCACUGACCAUAGAGAUGGCGCAUGCAGGCGCAAGGAAUAUAUCAUUCCCAAGUUUGGCGAGAGAUUUGCGGGGCAGAACGCGCCGUUGACCCGGGCCGUGGCAAAGCUCGGUGGAAUAGAGGUGCAGCAGCCUUAUGACCUCCUGACAGGAGAUGACUUCUUUUCCCCAGAAGGCAAGAAGAAGAUUGCGGAGCUGGAGUCGCUCGCCGCAGAGCACUGGGGACCUGUGUGGAAACAACUCCCACACUGGCAGCAGCCGGAUUGCACCUUUUGCUCGCAGAUGCUUGAGCCACGUCGGUGGCAGUUGGAUGACAUGAGAAAAUCUGUACAUGUAAAAGGCUGA